AGCCAUCUGGCAACGUGUGCACCGACACGUUUAAAAAGCAUAGUGUACAAAAAUUUGUAAAUCUCCGUCGGUCAUCGUGUUGUGAUCUUGUUUCGUUUUAUAUUUGUUGUGCCAUCGUUUUGAAAUUGUUUUCUUCAUCUAGACAUUCCAUAGUUUAAAGAUGAAGCUCCUGUUAAUUUUUGCUAUCAUAGUUGUUCUUGGCUCAACAUAUGCCGAUGAAUUGAGCCCACCACGUUUACUACUUCACAAACGAUUGCUCAACAAAUAUUUAGUAGAAGGACGAGAUGUCGUUGUUGAUUAUAAUAUUUAUAAUAUUGGUGAAAGUGCCGCUUACCGUGUUCAGCUAAGAGAUGCAAGUUUUCCGUCCACCGAUUUUGAAACAAUCGUUGGAUUCUUGAAUAUGAAAUUAGAUCGAAUGGGACCCAAUUCCAAUGUUUCUCAUACCGUUGUCCUGCGUCCUAAAAGGAUUGGCCUCUUCAAUUUCACUGCUGCUGAGGUUACAUAUCAUCUGUCUGAAAAUGGUCAAGAAGUUCAGGUCUGCUAUUCAACUGAACCUGGUGAAGCUGUCAUCAUUCCUGCCAAAGACUUUGAUAGAAAAUUUUCACCACACACUACUGACUGGGCUGCCUUUGCUGUGAUGACACUGCCUUCACUUGGCAUCCCUUUCCUUCUGUGGUACAGAAGCAAGUCUAAAUAUGAAAACAUUGUCAAGCAAAAGAAGCAUUAGGGGCCUUUAAUAAAUUGACUUUUUUAACA